GGGAAGAACUCUUGGGGAAAAUAUGACAUCAGAGUUGCGUGAAUACUGCUGAUUACUGUUAACUCAAGCUCUGGGGAAUUUCCAAAUUCUGGGUAGAGAGUCAGGAGUUAGCAGAUGUGAAAUCACCUGAGUUGUUCUGUGACCAGUUGUUAAAUGCGGCAGCAUUUCUUGUCUAACGUCACAACUGCACAUUUGAGGGGUUUUGCGGAAAAAGAGAAAGAGAGGCCAACUACAGGACAAUGGAGGAUCUUACCAAGCCAAAGGCAGCUGUAGAUCAGAUUGUUUCACGACUGGAAACUCGUUUCAGGAAAUUCAACAUUAGUGAGAUAGUGAAAGCUGGGUCUCUGGGACAUGGUACUGUUGUACCAGGCCACUAUGACAUUGACUUGGUUCUGUAUUCCAGAGAUAUAUCUGCUAGAGUUGUGUGUUCAUAUAAUGGCUUUGGCAACUGGACUUCGCAACUCAAAGGGUUUAUAGAAGAGGAAUUUGGAAUUACGAGCUACACACCAGGAUAUAACAAUCGAUCGGUCCAAUUUAAGUGUUCAUACCAAGGAGUGAAUCUGAGUGUAGACCUAUUAGUCAGUCCUUUCUGGAGCAAUCCGAGAGAGUUCUAUCAGUUCCUAGUGACUUUAUCCAGAGAGAGACGUGAUAUAUUCACUGUUUGUGCCUCAAAAUGGCAAAUUCAAUUCUUUCAUAAAGUUGAUAAUCAGGCGAAAGAGUACAUCCGCAGAGCUAAAGCCUGGAGGAAUAAAUACUUUGGUGCUGACAAGCCUGGGAGACCGUCAUCAUACCUGAUGUCUCUCCUGGUUGUGAAGGCCUAUGAAACUGCUAACAGGCGGUAUUAUGGAGCUGGACCCAGAGAGGUCACUACAGAACUAAUGUCAUUGGUGAAGACUCCUUUAUUAGAUGUUUAUUGGGAGGACUUUUAUAAGUUGGCAGAGUACAGCAAUCUCCUGCCAGCCCGUCCUCGUGUCGUUGAUCCUGCUAAUCCUGCCAACAAUGUGUGGGGAAGUGGAAUCAGAGGAGAUGCCUCAGUGCUUGUCAGCAUAAUCCACACUAUUGAUCUCUCCCAGGUCAACUAUUGAGUCAGACCAGAAGGAAUAACACCAGAAAACACUGUUAGGGAACUACUAAAAUAUACGUGUAUAAUUAUAGUGAUAGUUAUGCUCAUACUAAAAGCUCUCCCAAAGAAUGUAAACUUUUCACAUUCAUUAUACGGCUCCGAUAUAAUAAUAUAUCCAUAAUUGCCU